CCACCGUGCACUAGCCUAACUCCCUGUCGCUUUCUGUGUGUGGGUGGGUGUGCAUGUGUGCGUGAGGGCAUACAUUUUUAUGCAGUGGGUAUUUAAAGAGCUAAGCACUGAAGCUGGGUUUCCACAAACGAUCAUCACGAGCACUCCAGGCACACCAAACUUCCUCUCUUGGAUGGAGGAUGAAGCUGUCCUGGACAGAGGGGCUUCCUUCCUUAAGCAUGUGUGUGAUGAAGAGGAAGUAGAAGGCCACCACACCAUCUACAUUGGGGUCCACGUGCCAAAGAGCUACAGGAGAAGGAGACGUCACAAGAGAAAGACAGGGCACAAAGAAAGGAAGGAAAAGGAGAGAAUCUCUGAGAACUACUCUGACAAGUCAGAUGUGGAAAACGCCGAUGAAUCCAGCAGCAGCAUCCUCAAGCCGCUCAUCUCUCCCGCCGCAGAGCGCAUCCGAUUCAUCUUGGGUGAGGAGGAUGACAGCCCAGCACCCCCUCAGCUCUUCACCGAGCUGGAUGAGCUGCUGGCCGUGGAUGGGCAGGAGAUGGAGUGGAAGGAGACAGCAAGGUGGAUUAAGUUUGAAGAAAAGGUGGAACAGGGUGGGGAGAGAUGGAGCAAGCCCCACGUGGCCACGCUGUCCCUUCACAGCUUGUUUGAGCUGAGGACAUGUAUGGAGAAAGGGUCCAUCAUGCUUGACAGGGAAGCUUCUUCUCUCCCACAGUUGGUGGAGAUGAUUGUUGACCAUCAGAUUGAGACUGGCCUUUUGAAACCUGACCUUAAGGAUAAGGUGACUUAUACUUUGCUCCGGAAGCAUCGACAUCAAACCAAGAAAUCCAACCUUCGAUCCCUGGCUGACAUUGGGAAGACAGUCUCCAGCGCAAGUAGGAUGUUUGCGAACCCUGAUAAUGCCCGCAGCCCGCUUGAGAACUCAGUGGCCUGCCUAGCAACCCGCACCUUGGAUGAUGACCCCCGAGUGCGGCGCACUCCCAGCGUGGGAUGGCUAAGUAGCCCCGCCAUGACCCACAGGAACCUGACUUCCUCCAGUCUGAAUGACAUUUCUGAUAAACCAGAGAAGGACCAGCUGAAGAACAAGUUCAUGAAAAAACUGCCCCGUGAUGCAGAAGCCUCCAAUGUGCUCGUCGGGGAGGUGGACUUCUUGGAUAUGCCUUUCAUUGCCUUUGUCCGGCUACAGCAGGCGGUCAUGCUGGGCGCCCUGACUGAGGUUCCUGUGCCCACAAGGUUCUUGUUCAUUCUCUUAGGUCCUAAGGGGAAAGCUAAGUCCUACCAUGAGAUUGGCAGAGCCAUUGCCACCUUGAUGUCUGACGAGGUGUUUCAUGACAUUGCUUAUAAAGCAAAAGAUAGGCAGGACCUGAUUGCUGGCAUUGAUGAGUUCCUUGAUGAAGUCAUUGUCCUUCCGCCUGGGGAAUGGGACCCAGCGAUCAGGAUAGAGCCUCCUAAGAGUCUUCCAUCGUCUGACAAAAGAAAGAAUAUGUACUCGGGUGGAGAGAAUGUUCAGAUGAAUGGGGACACGCCCCAUGAUGGAGGCCAUGGAGGAGGAGGAGGACAUGGGGACAGUGAAGAAUUGCAGAGAACUGGCCGGUUCUGUGGUGGACUAAUCAAGGACAUAAAGAGGAAAGCACCAUUUUUUGCCAGUGAUUUUUAUGAUGCUUUAAAUAUUCAGGCUCUAUCAGCAAUUCUCUUUAUUUAUUUGGCAACUGUAACUAAUGCCAUCACUUUUGGAGGACUGCUUGGGGAUGCCACUGACAACAUGCAGGGUGUGUUGGAGAGCUUCCUGGGCACAGCUGUCUCUGGAGCCAUCUUUUGCCUCUUUGCUGGUCAACCACUCACUAUUUUGAGUAGCACAGGACCUGUUCUAGUUUUUGAGAGGCUUCUAUUUAAUUUCAGCAAGGACCAUAAUUUUGACUAUUUGGAGUUCCGCCUUUGGAUUGGCCUUUGGUCAGCCUUCCUGUGUCUCGUUUUGGUUGCUACUGAUGCCAGCUUCUUGGUUCAGUACUUUACUCGCUUUACCGAAGAAGGAUUCUCUUCUCUCAUCAGUUUCAUCUUUAUCUACGAUGCUUUCAAGAAGAUGAUCAAGCUUGCGCAUUACUACCCCAUCAACUCCGACUUCAAAGUGGGCUAUAAUACUCACUUUUCCUGUGCCUGUAUGCCGCCGGACCCAGUUAAUAUUUCAAUAUCUAAUAACACUACAUUGGCUCCAGAGGAUUUGCCAACUCUAUCUUCUACUGAUAUGUACCAUAAUGCCACAUUUGACUGGGCAAUUUUGUCGAAGAAGGACUGUAUGAAAUAUGGAGGAAAGCUCCUGGGGAACAACUGUGAUUUUGUUCCUGAUAUCACACUCAUGUCUUUCAUCCUCUUCUUGGGCACCUACACCUCUUCUAUGGCUCUGAAAAAAUUCAAAACUAGCCGUUAUUUUCCAACCACAGCAAGAAAACUGAUCAGUGAUUUUGCCAUUAUCUUGUCCAUUCUCAUCUUUUGUGUAAUAGAUGCCCUGGUAGGUGUGGAUACUCCAAAACUAAUUGUGCCAAGCGAGUUCAAGCCAACAAGUCCAAACCGCGGUUGGUUUGUUCCACCAUUUGGAGGAAACCCCUGGUGGGUGUACCUUGCAGCUGCUAUCCCUGCUUUGUUGGUUACCAUUCUGAUUUUCAUGGACCAGCAAAUCACAGCUGUGAUUGUAAACAGGAAAGAACAUAAACUCAAGAAAGGAGCUGGGUAUCACCUGGAUCUCUUCUGGGUGGCCAUCCUCAUGGUGGUGUGCUCCUUCAUGGCUCUUCCAUGGUAUGUGGCUGCUACUGUCAUCUCCAUCGCCCACAUUGACAGUUUGAAGAUGGAGACAGAGACUUCUGCACCCGGAGAACAACCAAAGUUUCUCGGAGUAAGGGAACAAAGAGUCACUGGAACCCUUGUGUUUAUUCUGACUGGUCUGUCAGUCUUUAUGGCUCCCAUCUUGAAGUUUAUCCCCAUGCCUGUACUCUAUGGCGUGUUCCUGUAUAUGGGGGUAGCAUCCCUUAAUGGUGUCCAGUUCAUGGAUCGUCUGAAGCUGCUUCUGAUGCCCCUGAAGCAUCAGCCUGACUUUAUCUACCUGCGCCAUGUCCCCCUGCGCAGAGUCCACCUGUUCACUUUCCUGCAGGUGUUGUGUCUAGCCCUGCUCUGGAUCCUCAAGUCAACUGUGGCUGCUAUCAUUUUUCCAGUCAUGAUCUUGGCACUUGUAGCUGUCCGAAAAGGCAUGGACUACCUCUUCUCACAGCAUGACCUCAGCUUCCUCGAUGAUGUCAUUCCAGAAAAGGACAAGAAAAAGAAGGAAGAUGAGAAGAAAAAGAAAAAGAAGAAAGGAAGUGUGGACAGUGACAAUGAUGAUGAGAAAGAUCCCCAACAUUCCUUGAACGCCACACAUCAUGCUGAUAAAAUUCCUUUCCUGCAGUCGCUUGGUAUGCCAAGUCCUCCUAGAACUCCAGUAAAAGUUGUGCCUCAAAUUAGAAUAGAACUUGAGUCUGAAGACAAUGAUUAUUUCUGGAGGAGCAAGGGAACAGAAACUACAUUGUAACCUGUGUAUCUUUCUUAAAACUAAUAGUAUUUGUUGUUAAUGUUCUUGGUUUUUGUCUGGUCCUUUGUUUUUUUAAUUUUUGAUCUGUUUUAGUUUUUGGUCAUUGGCCAAAUGAUACAGCACUCUCUCUGCUUCUCUUUUGCAUAGGUAAACUUAAGACAAUAGUGCACCAUUCCUUAAAAACUUCUGAAGAAUCCCCUUUUGUUCUUAGACUUUUAGAUGUGUCCUCUGACAACCAAAUUCCUCUGUUACUCAAGACAUGCACAGACACUAUCCUUUUCCUUUAUUAAGCAGGGGGCAAAAGUAUUAAGGAUUUUGUAACGCCUUUUAUUCAAAUAUUGAAGGAACUUACAACUUUAGCUUUGGAGCUGUGCUUAUUGGCUUGUCUUUCUGUCUGGUCGAACAAACCUUGACCGCCAGGCAGUCUCUUCUUGCUUAUAGAGCUCUCCAAGACUGGAAAAAGUGCUGCUAUUCUAACUUGCUCUUGCUUGUGAACCCUAAUCCUAGAGUUAUCAAAGAAGAAAAUCUAAAGGUACUUUACACCCAGUAGAGAAACUAUUGCCAUCAUUGUAGCAAGUGAUAGAAUGUCCUUUUUUCCUAUGCAACUUUUUUUUAACCCUUUAAUGAACUUAUCUGUUAAGUACAUUUGAAGAAUAUUUUUCUUCCUAGAUUUUGUUGUUUAAAUUAUGGGGCCUAACCUGCAACUUAUUUUUUGUCAAUUUUUUAAACUUUUUUUUAAUUACUGUAAAGAAAAUGAAUUUUUUCCUGCAGCAGGAAACAUAGUUUUGAGUAGUUCUACCUCUUAUUUGUAGCUGCCAGGCUUUCUGUAAAAAUUGUAUUGUAUAUAAUGUGAUUUUUACACACAUAUAGACACACACACAGACACACAUACACACAAGUACACAAUCUUUAGGGUAAGCCAGAAGGCUAGAUCAGAUGAAAAACACCAUGUUUCUAGGCAUCCAUUUUUCCCUUUCUUUAAAAGAAAUUUAUCUGUUUUAUGAAGGAGAUGAGGGAAAAAGGGACGAGCUCCUAUGUAAUGGGAAUGACUGAUGUUUUGCUAAUAGCAGUAUCCUGGCACAGAUGCUGAUUGUAUUACCAUCAAUGUCCUAUGCAGUAUUGUUAGCCAUUUUGUUUUUCACUUUGAAAUACUCAUGUGUUUGUGUAUGUACUCUGUGUGUGGUGGGUGCACAUAUGUGCAAAGUUAGGGACAGAGUGAUGGCAGGUGAAGGGCAAAGUUAUCCAGCCUCUGUGUCAGUUUUCAUAAAACCCAAACCACAUAUGAAAAAUCCAUAUGAGGUCCAAGAGAAUUACCAUUAUGUAAAUAAGGGUAAAUAUAUUUUAUUACCCAGAGAUCAGUCACCAUCACUGGUACAAUAGCCCAUAUUUACAAUACAAAUUCAUAGAAAUAUCCAUAGACCAUUUACAUAUGUACGAAGUGUUUAUGGAACUGCAGAUAGAUCUGCAAAAGUAUAUGUGUAUAUAUUUUAACAAUACACAUUUUUUAGGAUGAAAAGGAAAUUAUGCCCUGUGAUUGGGAUGUUUAGAAUAUAUAUGUAUAUGUGUACCUCAAAGUACAAUAUUGAAAAUUAGAAAAAAGAAAAUUAGAUUUUUAUUAACUAAAUUUAGCAUGUUAUCUAAAUAUGUUUUUAAUAGGCUACAUUGGAUACUGUGAAUCUCCUUUAAAACCAUUUAAAUAUUGAAUCCAUAUUUUGGAUUCAUAUAACCAUAAUUUUUUAUAUAUCCUAACUAAAACAGAUUGUUGGAGGAGUACUAGAAGCAGAAUGAAACUAUCAAUACUCAUUUUGGUUUCAUAAUAGACACAUAAUGAUUACUACUCAUUCUUAUAUCAGUUAAGUAUAAUUUUUUCCUCUUGAAAUUUUGAUUAUAGAAAAUUUAUCCUGGAUUAGCUGUUUACUCUUAUUGCAGUUGAUAAUCUUAAAACUUUCAAUUUUAAUAUACAGAUUAGAUGUAAGUGAUCUGCAAUUUUUUUUCAUGCAAAUGAAAGUAGCAAAUGACAUGUUAUUUGUUAAAACCUCACGUGCCAAAUUUUGGCAUCACAUUUGUAUUUACAGUUAUCUUUAAAAUAAUUAUAUUAUCUAGUUUUUCAUUACCCUAAUAUAAAACUGUAUAAGAUUUUCCUUUUUCUUUACCGAUGGGAGCAUCAAUAAAAUGCUUAAAAGCCAUGCAUAAUAUGUUCAGCCUAACCUACAAACUUGUUAUUAAUGACAUUUUUGUUCACUUUUAUAAAAUCUCUAGAUAUAAUAAUUUAUUUUUCUGAUUAUGAAUCAAGUACAGGAGGAUUCAUGCCCCUCUCCAUCCCUUUCAGAGAACUGUUAAUGCAACUUAACUCAGUAUUUCAGCCUGUGAGUAGAUCUAAAAGCUAUCUGCACCUCCAUUUUAUGAUUCAUAUUUUGUGACAGAAGGUUGAUACUCAUAAUAUGAAUUAAGAAUAGUGCCUUAUGUUUGCUAAAACGAACAGCAUUAAACCAUUUUUAAUAUUUUGGAACCUAGGGAAGUAUUUUAAAAAAUCAUUACCUUCAGAGGAACAGAAGUAGUUACUAAGCAAACAAACAAAAAAAACCUGAGGCCCAUACAGAGCCACCAAAUUAUCUGUAUUUUAACUGAAUUUACUCAUUAUCUAAGAACUAACCAGAUUGGGUGGUUUUGUUUUUAUGUAAACUGGACACACAGAAUACACUGGUAAAUUUUUUACAAAGUGUUUCUUCCUGAUGUGAAUAUGGAGAAAAAAGAUUUAAAUUGUUAGAAGUAAAGGAUGAAGUGUACACUCAGAAUUGAAGUCAAGUGGUUGUACAGACUUACUGUUGGAAGAAAAAUCAUUAGGCCAAGAGUCUGCCUAUGGUAGCCUAAAGCUCUCUGGUUUUUCAUUUGAAAGGAAAGGCACUGUUUUCUUUGAUAAAAGUCACUUUUCUCUACAAUGUAAAACUAGGACUUGAUACCCUAAUUAUUUUGUGUGCCACAAAGAGUAGUGUUCCUGACUCUUCUGUCAGUCAAGCAGUGGAGCGGGAUGGGGAAAUGGAGGCUUAAAGAAGUAGGAAAAAAACCUUCUGUAGCCCCCCACCUCAAAAGAAUGGGGGAGGGGGAGUAAAUCGCUGCCUUCAGUAAUACAGUUUGUGUACAUUUUAUGCACAUGUACCAGCACACACGGAGUAAAUCUUUUAUCAGCUGUGUAUUGGUGUUUAAUACAGAAAACGAUUGUCUUCCCAGCUCUGAUUAUUUUAUUUUUUUAAACUAUGUUAAAGUACUUGAAUUGUAAUGACUGCUGACUAUCUUAAAAAAACAAAACAAAGCUAUUUGAAUUGUAUGACAGAGGAUGACAUUGUUCAGGGAUGGGACAAAGCUUUCUUCAAUCCUUUUCAUACCACUUAAUGAUGUUGGUGCAGGAACUUGAGAUUUUCUUAUUUAUUCCAUGAUAUUUCACAUCUGCUCUUCACAGCAUAAGCAUGAAGCCCAGUGGCACCAAGUGACUGAAUAAAAUCAAAUGAUGUUUAUGGCACUUGACUAUCUCAAGGGCCCUGGGAGUUUUCAGAUGAUGAUUUCAUUGCAGCCUGAAAUAAAGUUUUGUGCUAUAUGUGAGCCAGUCAAGUUGUGUUUUGACCAGAUAUUUGGCUAUGUCCUAUUUCUUGGCUCAUUUCUUUGUGUUCUAUAGGUACAUAUAAAAAUCCUGAAUUCUAUUUCCUAGAAAAUAUUGCAACUCAGGGCUAAUGUCAUCCAGUGAAACAUUUAGAGCCAGAAGUAACUUUGUCCCAUUCCUGCAAUGUGAAAAGAGUGAAUAGUUGCCUCUUUUUAGCCAUUUUUAUGGCUGGUACAUACUCGUACACAUUACUUUUCAGAAUCAGUACGCACUUUCAGAUAUUCUUAUUUUUAUUCUCUUAAAUCUUUAUUAACUUUGGAGAAAUGAUGCAUCUUUUUAUUUUAAAUGAAGUAGAUCAACAUGGUGGAACAAAAUGAUAAAGAACAGAAAACAUUUCAAUAUAUUACUAAUAAUUUUUUUCCAAUAUAAAACAUAAAAUUCCUAUAACAUAGUAUUUUACAGUUUUAUGAAGCUUUCUAUUGUGACUUUUAUGGAAUUAAGAGAUGAAGAAGAUGAGAUAUUUUAGCAUUUAUAUUUUUCAAAAUUAAAUGUAUACUUAAAAUAAAGUAACUUUAUGCAUUUA